CGGUACGGGAAGCUGCUUGGUCCAUUAUAGUUCUCAGCGCUUACCGUCGCUAACAGGAAAGCGAAGAAACAACACCUUAGCGGUUUGCAGCGGCCACACCGACUACUUGAAAGAUGAGGCGUCGUGCACAGUGGGGGGGUCUGAUCCUCUUCCUGUCCUGCUCUGUCCUGUGUGCUCACUCUCAGUUGUCUCCACACCAGCAGCAGCCUCCUCCUGUAGUGGGAGGCUCAGCUCAGAUAACUCGCCUUGACAGAAACAUGGUGCAAGACAAAGACCACAUCAUGGAGCACUUGGAAGGGGUCAUCGACAAACCUGAGAAAGACAUGACGCCCCAGGAGCUUCAGCUGCAUUAUUUUAAGAUGCACGACUACGAUGGGAACAACCUGCUGGACGGCCUGGAGUUGGCCACAGCGAUUACACAUGUACACAAAGAGGAGAGAGGGGAGAACAGCCAGCCAAUGAAGGAGGAGGAGCUCAUCGCGCUAAUCGACGAGGUCCUGAAGGACGACGACAAAAACAACGACGGGUACAUCGACUAUGCAGAGUUUGCCAAAUCGCUGGAGUAGAUCGCCUCGCUGUUUCUUCGUUUCCAAUCCUGGAGGAGAAUCCUGAAUGAGGGGAGAGGCGGCAAGCUGCGCCGUCUUUCACGGAAAUCAUCUUUGUAAUUUACAAAGCUUGUGACAGUUCUUUCCUACCAGAUGGAAUGUAAUUCCACCGAAUUACAAAACGGUAGCCUUUGUACCCUGUUUUUGUAGAUUGUGCCAUUUUUAAAGGGUCAGUUUAGCCAAAUUAUUUUUUUAUUCAGACGUUAGCGGCCUCUGCGCUACGUGUUUUCUACCAAAAGUACGCCAGCCAGCCACUGUACUGGAGUAAACAAACUGAUGAAGUAGUUUGGUUGGACUGACCCAACGGACCAGUUCAUUUCAAACUCAUACGCACUAUUUUAAAUUAAAUUCAACACACCAGCUGUUUGAGUCUCAACGUUUAGGACCAAAAUGAUUCCUUGUGAAGAUAAUUGGGUAAAUAUGUCAUUCUCACGACAACAGAUUAGAUUAGAUCAUCAGAGAAUGAAGGGUAAACCUUGUUUAAAUGACGAGCAGGUUAGUAGCGCCCCCUUCUGGUCAGCCGGAGGACGCACGGCUCUUCAUCAGUCGCAAUAGGAAUGUAAAGCAGAGCUGCAUCAGAUUCUGCAACGCUGAAUAAGCUAGACUGGAAGCACACUGGCAGACUCUUCUGCAGGCUGGAGUUUCAGGAAAGCACUUGAAUGCAACACGAUUCCUUCAGAUGUUAGCUGCCUUUUUUAAAACGCUCAGUUCACACGCAUCAGGUCGGGUUUGUUCAGUCCAUCUGCGUUUGCUUCAUAUGGAUGGAUUUGUUUUUUUUUUUUUUUGAUUGUUUGUUUUUACCAACCAGUGUUGAUUCUUCAAUCGGCUCUGAUUGUGGAGAGAAAUGACGUAAAGGUCAGGAAAUGUAGCUCUGGAAUGUGAAAAGAAAAGGGUUCUCUCUGUUACUUUAAGGUAAAUUAUGUUUGGUUCUGGUAGAUUAAACUCAUGAAAUCAAAUUCA